AUGUCUUCCGCUGACUCCUCAGUGCUGUCAGCAGCCUCCAUGUUUGCACACAACAUCUGGAAAUUGACCAUCAGACCUCACGCAUCAGAACGCGAAGUGAUUCUUGUGAUGCGUUUCGCCAUCAUCGCAGUUGGUGUGAUGGCUACCGUUAUGGCGUUAACAAUUCAGAGCAUCUACGGACUAUGGUAUCUGUGUGCCGAUCUCGUCUACGUCAUCCUAUUUCCACAAUUACUUUGUGUUGUCUACGUGAAGAGUAGCAAUACGUAUGGAUCACUGGCUGGCUACGGUGUUGGCCUGAUUCUUCGAUUAUCCGGUGGAGAACCCCUUGUCGGCCUUCCGGCACUGGUCCACUAUCCAAUGUAUACCGAUGGAAUUCAGUAUUUCCCCUUCAAGACGAUGGCAAUGAUGUCGUCAUUAAUCUGCAUUCUUGGCGUGUCGCGUCUUAGUGAGCACUUGUUUACGACGGGUCAGAUAUCACCGGAGUGGGAUGUUCUGGGUUGUGUCGUUGUGCCAUCAGAGAGAAUUCCACUCCCGUCGGACGUCUCGUUUAACGUUAGCAGCGAUACUCUUGCGAUGAAUAAGGUG